AUGAGUCAUCCGAUGGCCUCGUCGUCAUCACAGCCGCAGACGUCUUCGGGUCAGUCGUCUUCGUCGCACCAAUACGUGGCCCAACACUCGGCGCCCAACGCUUCCGGAGGUCACCACUCGUCGCAACACUCGUCCGAAGGCCACCAUUCGGGCCAUUCCUCCAGAGAGUCGGUCUCGUCGUCCCGGGGCUCAAGACAUUCGUCCUCAUCGCUCACCACUGGUAUUAUCCGCACUCAGACCGCGUGGUUCCAGAAGAAAGUCCACUUACGGCCGGUGCUCAGGGGCUGUCAUCUCGACUUUUGGGCGAUGUUUGUCCACCAUGUGGUCACUCUAUGCUUAUUAGGAUUUUCAUGGGCCUGUAAUCUGGUCAGAAUGGGAACACUAGUUCUUCUAAUCCAUGACUUUGCAGACAUACCUCUGGAGGGCGCAAAGAUGAUGACAUACGUGAAGAAGCAGCGUAUGGCUGACGGCAUAUUCGUGGUGUUCACCGUGUGUUGGGUGGUGUCCCGCAUCGGUCUCCUGCCGUAUCGCAUACUAUACUUCUCGCUCCAUAAGGCGUUGUCAGUGGUGCCCAUGUUCGCCGCCUAUUAUAUAUUCAACGGCUUAUUGUGCGCAUUGCAAGCCUUGCAUAUAGUGUGGACCUGGUUUAUAGUCAGGAUUGCCAUCCACGCCGUCAAAAAUAAUGGAAUAAAAGACUUGCGAUCUGAUGAUGAGUCCGAGUCCAGUGUGGGUUCGUUGAAGGACUCGUCCGACGAAGUGGUGAAUAGCAAUCACAAGAACUAUUCAAAUGGUGGCACUAAUGUCACUAAUAAUAGCAUUAAUUCGGAGACAAAACUAGUUAAUAAUCACACGAAUAGGUCGACCACACGAACGGAUUCAGCUGAAAUUCCGACAAAUUCUUUGUUAGAAGAGAGUGACAACGAGUUGACCACUAAUUGGAGGAAUAGUUCGCAACAAAGAGGACAGCAAUUGAACGCUCAAUACGUGGGCUCUCAUGUCGUGAAGACUGAGGACAUCGAUGUCGACGAAGACAUCGAGUAUAAGGCGAGUGAUCCGCGAAUACGACGAAUGAUGUCUCGAAGGGAUGUCAAGACUGAGGACUCGGACGACGAGGAGACCGAUCGGAGACACCCUUCGCGUCGACACGUUCUUCAGCCGCAGAUCUUGUCGUUGGGUUCGGAGGACAAGGAGUCGGUGGAAGAGGCGAAGAGUCGGCGUCGCAGUCGACAUGAGACCGAAGACAAGUCGAGCGAUGAGGAGGAGGCGGACGAGGAGAACGUGGAGCGAAGACACGAAGUGUUGAGACUGAAGAGGGAAGAGGAAGACGAGGAGCUGUUGGCUGUGGACGUGGACGAGGAGGAGGAGGAAGAAGAAGAGGAGUCGGAGUACGAGGAGUACACGGACUCGGAGGACGAGACGGGCCCUCGACUUAAGCCCGUAUUUGUGCGCAAAAGAGACAGAAUCACAGUCACAGAGAAGGAGAAGGAAGAGCUGAAGGAAAGGCAGCAAAAGGAGGCGGAAAGGCGUGCAGCGGAGGACCGGAAGAGACAAACGCUGAAAAUGAUUGAAGAAGACGUGCGACGGGAGGAACAGGAGAGGGAAGACGCGAAGGAAGAGGAGGCCAUUAAGAGAGGAAUUGCGACCGUUUUGACGGACGAUGAGAACGAAGAGACCGCUUAUGAAGUCUGGAAAUUACGGGAAUUGAAGCGAAUUAAGAGAGACAAAGACGAGUCGGAGGCGUACCUCCGGGAGCGACAGGAGGUCGAGAGGCUUCGGCAGAUGACGGAAGAGGAACGGCUCCAGGAGUUGAAGAAUAACCCCAAAGUGGUGACCAAUGCGGCGCCCAAAGGGAAGUACAAAUUCCUGCAGAAGUAUUACCACAGAGGGGUGUUCUUCCUGGACGAGGAGGACGAGGUGUUUAAGCGUGACUUCGCUCAGCCCACUCUUGAGGACCACUUCGAUCGCACAGUUGUUCCAAAGGUGAUGCAAGUGAAGAACUUUGGCCGUUCCGGUCGUACCAAAUACACGCAUCUCGUCGACCAGGACACCACCGCUUUUGACAGCGCCUGGACUGCAGAGACCACGCAAUCCAAUAAAUUUCAUACACAACAGGCCGGAGGUAUGAAACAAGUGUUUGAUCGGCCGUCCGGUAAACGCAAAUGA